AUGAAACCAGAGGCCACCUUGGUGCCGGGGGGGGUGCUCCGCCUCGUGGUGUUUGGCCCGGCGCUGCCUCCGCUGGGCACGGAGACGUUCCGUGCGGCCGACUUGUCGGUGCUGCAGCGCCUCGACCUCUCCUUCAACAACAUCUCGUGGGCGCCGGCAGACGCCUUCGCGCCCCUACACACGCUGCUCAGCCUCGAGCUCAACAACAACCGCCUGACGGCGCUCCCGGCCGGCGUGUUCUCCAACCUGAGCCACCUGCGAGUGCUCGACAUCUCCAGCAACCUGGUGGAGAGCAUCGCCCCGGGCGCCUUCAGCGGCCUCGUCAGCCUGCGCCUCCUCAACCUCUCCCGCAACGCCCUCGCCGCCCUCGCCAGCCUCGCCCGCCCCGCUGGCGUGCUCCCGGCAGGCGGCGGUGGUGGAAGAGAUGCGGUGACGGUGGCGGUGGCGGCGGCGGCGGCAUUGGGCACGACACCAGGACCGGAGGCAACGAUGAUUGGACCGUUCACUGGCCUGAGCCUGCGCUCCCACCUGGACCUGUCCCACAACCGCCUCUCUCAGCUCGGGCCCGGCGCUGACUGGGGCCUGGCUGGGCCCGGCUCCGUGAGACUCCACGGGAACCCCUGGGACUGCUCCUGUCGCCUGCAGGAGUUUGUGCUGUGGCUCAAGAACUCAUCGUCGUUGUCGUCGUCGUCCACGGCGCCGUCAUCGACGCAGGAUGGUAAUGCGGGCGCAGCGGGUCCUUGCUGAGCGCGCUGGUGGUGUGUCGUGGCAAGCGAUAAAGUUCGGUGAGGUUACGAUGUACUGCUACUACCACCUCGCACACCACGCAGUGAGAUGGCGGGACUAAUAACUGAGGGUGCGCCACCAC